AUGAAGGCAGCUUGGCCGAACUGCCUCGUAUAUGCUUCACAAGAGCACUCCAAUCCUCUUACCUCUUCUGAUCUCUCGUCUUCUUCUAUGGGGAUGGUGUAUGCAGACAUGGGUUCUCUUUCUCUUUCUUCUUCUUCUUCUGAAAUGGGAAAUAACAACACUGGGGGCACAACCUGGGGUACUUUUCCCUUUAUUAGGGAUCGCCUUCCUAACAAUAACACUGGUGCCACUGAUAAUGAUAAUGAUGCUUUGGAGUGUAAAGCUUCUGAUUCUAGUACUGAUCACGAGAAUCUGAUAGAUCAUACCCAAGAAAACCCUAAUGAGAAUUCUGGUGUCAGUACGGGAAAAGAAGCUGAUUCUGGGCAGUCCAAGCUUUGUGCACGAGGCCAUUGGAGGCCUGCAGAAGAUGCCAAGCUCAAGGAGCUCGUGGCUCUCUAUGGCCCUCAGAACUGGAACCUUAUAGCAGAAAAAUUGGAAGGAAGAUCAGGUAAGAGCUGUAGGCUGAGGUGGUUCAACCAGCUGGAUCCAAGGAUAAACAGGAGAGCAUUCACUGAAGAGGAAGAAGAUAGGUUAAUGCAGGCACACAGGAUAUAUGGGAACAAAUGGGCCAUGAUUGCUAGGCUAUUCCCAGGAAGAACUGAUAACGCAGUGAAGAAUCACUGGCAUGUUAUAAUGGCCAGGAAGUACAGAGAACAAUCCAGUGCUUACAGAAGAAGAAGGAUAAGCCAAGCAGCUGCAAGUUUCAGAAGAUCAUCAAUGGAGGACCAAAAUUCAAGCUUAGCAGCCACAUCAAGUAGAGGCAGCUCAGGGACAGAACCCCCACCACCAGCUCCUCAACCUUACUGUCUCGUCCCCAAUAACAAUAACAUAAUGGCUAGUUUCCCAUAUGCUCAGUUCCGUGGAGUUAAUGGUGGCGUUGACUAUGGCUUCAAUGGUUCACCCCACAUGACUGGUGGAUUAGAAGCAUUCUCCAGCACAAGCAAGCAGGCCCCUCAUACUCACACCACGUUUUAUGCUCAUCGUCCAUCUUUUGAUGUCAUCUCAGGUGUUAGAGGCAAUGACAUGGUGGGAGGGGCUUUCGGCCAGAGUAUAUAUAGGGAAAGCAGACCAAGUGAUUAUGAACUUCGUUCUCUCAAUGGCUUCUUAUACCCUCAAGAAGAUCGUUUCAACCCAUACAUGAUGCCAACAAUGCAACAACCACCGCAGUCAAACUCAAACAUGAAUCCCACUUUUCACAGCUUCUCAUCAAAUUCCAUGGCUCCAAAUGCUUCCUCCGCUGAACCAUCAUCAUCAGAGAGCAGAGAUAAAGUAUUGGGGCGUCCUUCUACUCCUCCAUAUAUCGACUUUCUCGGGGUAGGAGCCACAUAGCAUGAUAUCAAAGUCGAGUUACGGAAGGAGGAGGAGGAG